CUCACCCGUUACGUUAGGGGCGGGACAAGGGGGUGGAGCGGUGUACCGCACCCACGUGACCGCGCGGUCGCGGCUUGGAGCUAUGGAGGAAUAUGCCCGGGAGCCCUGCCCAUGGCGCAUCGUGGACGACUGUGGUGGUGCCUUCACCAUGGGGAUGAUCGGUGGGGGGGUCUUCCAGGCUGUCAAGGGCUUCCGGAACGCCCCCGUGGGCGUCCGACACCGAUUCAAAGGGAGCGUCAGUGCCAUCCGCAUCAGAGCGCCGCAGAUUGGAGGUAGCUUUGCUGUCUGGGGGGGCCUUUUCUCCACCAUUGACUGCGGCCUGGUGAAGAUGAGGGGAAAGGAAGAUCCCUGGAACUCAAUCACCAGUGGGGCCCUCACAGGGGCCGUGCUCGCCUCCCGCAGUGGCCCGUUGGCCAUGGUCGGCUCAGCCAUGAUGGGAGGGAUUUUACUGGCCUUGAUAGAAGGAGUCGGGAUCUUACUCACCAGAUAUACGGCACAGCAAUUCCAGAACUCUAACCCUUUCGGUGAAGACCCCAGUCAGCUGCCCCUGAAGGACAGCCCAGCGCCUCCAGGAUACCCGGGCUACGGACAAUAUCAAUGAAGCUCUUUGUACUUGGGGGUCCCCUCUAUUUUGGGGGGUGGCAGCUGCAGCUAGUUCGCCCCUCCCCCUUGCUGGUGCUCAGGAUGUGAUUCCAGCAACUUGUCCCUCCAGUUCUCGGAUUCUCCCCAAGGAGGCAAUCCUGAAUGGGCUUGUGGAGGGGAGAGGGGUUUGCUGGGAGCCCCUCUAAAUUUGCAUAUUUGGGGGGGAGCUUGGCGUGGGGGCUGGGGAUUAUGGGGCAGGGGAUUGUUCUGUAUUUCCUUGCUACUACAGUAUACACUGGGGGGUUAGCAUCUGCUCUCAGUGGGGAGCCUCCUUUUUGGAGCUCCCCCCCCCCAUUCUGUUUGGAAGUGCUCCUAUUUCCAGCUUAAAAAUAGAGUUCAAUACAUGCCUGAAAGGGCACGAGGUGGCUGUAUCACCCUGUUUAGCUGGGGUGAAACUUAGGGGGGCUGCAGGGUUAUAGAUGAUGGGGUGCUCCCAGCCUUGCACUGGGGGUGCCUAUCUUAUGGCAGCCCCCCGAACCUUGUAGUGACACGGAGCCUCAGUGUUAGAGGUUUCCCGGCAUCCCUGCUCCUGAGAUGGGGGGCUGGGGAGAGGCAUCUCUUGGAAUGAAGCUACGUGGGUCUCUUGAAAUAAAUAUGACCUAAAACAGUAUACCCUUGGGCUGUCCUGCCUCUUCUCCCCCCCGCCCCCCCCCAAGGGGUGUGAUCUCCAUUUUCAUAACCAGUGAAUUCUGAUGUCCCCCCCCCAAUCCAGCUGUGAAACACCACCUUGGUGUGUAUCCCCAACCUGUCCCAAUUAAGGUUCUGAGCCCACUUUCACCUCUUUUAGAGUGUUUGUAUUUAAAGAUGUUUUUAAAGGUGUCAGAUUUCUUUUUUUUUCCAGGUGCAAAAUAGAGAAAGUGAUUUGCUGGUG